AAGGUGGUGCUUGGAUUUCAUCCUCAAGGGUGGUUUCUCAGUUAGAAAAACAAAAAAAAAGAAAAAAAAAAGAAAAACAGAAUUUGCCAAGGAAGAGUCUUGGAUUCUUCGCAGGACGUGGCGGUCCAAACUGCGACCCCGAUGUUGCUUCAAUUUACGGUUUAUGCCAACACCGAAAGAAAUGAAAAGUUUGUUAGAAGGUUAAGACAGAGUAAAAGUUGAAGAAAUUGAGGGAGAAGCAAGAAAAAAAAAAAAAAAAAAGAAACAAAGGAAGAAGAAGAAGAAACAAAAAGCUUUGGAGAAAGUCUUUCCUGGUUUCUUAUUCCCAGAUCGGUUUAUUAAAUCCUUCCGUCUCCGAUUGGCUCAGUUCAGUCUAAGAUUCCGACUUUUCAGUGAAUUGAUUUUGAGGUUUCUCUAGUAGGAGCGUAUAGCGGCUGACUUGAGGGAUAAAGCCGGUUGUGGAAGAGGGGAUUUAGAUCUGUGGAGUCUUUUUCUUUCAAUUCAGUUUCUGGGUUUGAUUUGUUUGGGAGAAAGGAGAUGUGUAUGCAAUCGAGAAUUGUUUGAGGUAGGUUCUUGUGAGUCCGAAAAUUGAGAGAAAGAUGGAGGAAGUUGGUGCGCAAGUGGCUCCUCCGAUUUUCAUACACCAAACACUUACCAGUAGAUUUUGUGAAGCGCCUCCAAUUGGAAGAAAGCGGGAUCUUUCCUACCAGACCCCAAAUUUUCUCCCUCACCACAACCAUCAACAGCAGCUGCUGCCGCCGUCCAACUCUCAGCAGAGAUUUAUGCCCGCUCGAGACAACUGGAACCCUAAGCUAUGGGACUGGGACAGCGUGAGGUUCGUGGCCCAGCCUUUGGACCCGGAGGUUCUGCGGCUGGGAAAUCCCGCUGCGACGGAGCAGAGGAAAAUCAAAGAUUAUAUUGGUGGGAAUGGAAACGCUGCUUUGACUUUGAAGAAGAACGCUGUUGGGCCAGAAGAAGACGAGAGCCUUCAGUUGAAUCUGGGUGGUGGCUUGGUGGCCGUAGAGGAGCCGGUAUCCAGGUCAAAUAAAAGGGUGCGCUCUAGGUCUCCUGGUGGCGGCAACUAUCCAAAAUGUCAGGUUGAUAACUGCAAGGAAGAUCUGUCUAAUGCCAAGGACUAUCAUCGUCGGCAUAAAGUGUGUGAACUUCACAGCAAAGCCACUAAAGCACUCGUCGGCAAGCAGAUGCAGAGGUUUUGUCAGCAAUGCAGCAGAUUUCACCCCCUCUCAGAGUUUGAUGAGGGUAAGAGAAGUUGUAGGCGUAGACUUGCUGGCCACAAUAGGCGAAGAAGGAAAACCCAGCCUGAGGAUGUUACCUCACGGAUGUUACUCCCUGGAAGUCAGGAUAAUACUACAAAUGGAAAAUUGGAUCUUGUUAAUUUGUUGGCUGCCUUUGCUCGUGCACAAGGGAAAAAUGAAGAUAAAAGUGUCAAUUCCUCAACCGUGCCAGAUAGAGACCAACUCAUUAAUAUUCUUAAUAAAAUAAAUUCAUUACCUUUGCCGGUGGACCUUGCUUCAAAGUUGCAGAAUGUUGGAGGUUUCACCAAGAAAUUACCGGAGCAGCCUUUGUCAAACCACCAAAAUGAAAUGAAUGGAACUUCUCGAUCAACCAUGGACUUGCUUGCAGUUCUCUCAGCCACUCUAGCUGCAUCUUCUCCAGAUGCCCUUGCACUUCUAUCUCAGAAGAGCAGCCAGAGCACCGUCAGCGACAAAACCAUGUCAACUGUCCCCGACCAAACUGCAGGUACAAAUUUGCAAAAGUGUCUAGAGUUUCCUGCGGUUGGAGGGGAAAGAAGUAGCAGCAGUUACCAGUCUCCAGUUGAUGAUUCAGAUGGCCAGGUUCAAGAUGGUAGAUCUAAUUUACCAUUACAGCUGUUUUGCUCCUCACCUGAGGAUGACAGUCCACCAAAACUGCCAUCUUCGAGGAAGUAUUUCUCUUCUGACAGCAGUAAUCCCAUUGAGGAGAGGUCACCAUCUUCAUCUCCAGUUGUGCAGAAGUUGUUCCCAAUGCAGGUCACUACCGGAACUAUAAUGUCUGAGAAGAUGUCAAUUGACAAAGAGGGUAAAACACAUGUUGAAAGUAGCAGAACUCGGGGCAUGCCACUUGAGCUCUUUGGCAGACCAAAUAGAGGAGCUGAUAAUGGUUCUGUUCAAAGUUUCCCAUAUCAAGCAGGAUAUACCUCUUCUUCUGGGUCUGAUCAUUCACCUUCUAGCUUGAAUUCUGAUGCACAGGACCGCACUGGGCGAAUAAGUUUUAAACUAUUUGACAAGGAUCCGAGUCAUUUCCCUGCUGAACUGCGGACACAGAUCUUCAAUUGGCUUUCUAACAGUCCCUCAGAAAUGGAAAGCUACAUUAGACCUGGUUGUGUUGUUCUAUCAGUUUAUGUCUUAAUGUCUUCUGCUGCCUGGGAACAACUCGAAGGAAACUUGCUUCAACAAGUCAAUUGCUUGGUUCAAGAUUCAUAUUCGGAUUUUUGGAGAGAAGCAAGGUUUUUAGUUCAUAUUGGAAGACGCUUAGCAUCUCAUAAGGAUGGAAAGAUUCGUCUGUGCAAAUCUUGGAGAACAUGGAGUUCCCCUGAGUUGAUCUUGGUAUCCCCUUUGGCAGUUGUUGGUGGGCAGGAAACAACACUUUCAUUGAGGGGUAGAAACUUGUCCAAUCAGCGUACCAAGAUCCACUGUAUGUAUACGGGUGGCUAUAAGACAAUGGAGAUUACAGGAUCAACUUGUCAAGGAACUGCAUAUGAUGAGAUAAAGUUGGGUGGUUUUAGAAUCCAAGAUGCAUGUCCUGGGGUUUUAGGCCGCUGUUUCAUUGAGGUUGAAAAUGGUUUCAAGGGCAACAGUUUUCCUGUGAUAAUUGCUGAUGCUACCAUUUGUAAUGAGUUGAGGGUCCUUGAGAAUGAAUUUGAUGACGAUACUAAAGUAUGUGAUAUCAUUUCAGAAGAAAAAGCUCGUGAUUUUGAUCGACCCAUAUCAAGAGAAGAAAUUCUGCAUUUCUUGAAUGAACUUGGGUGGCUUUUCCAGAGGAAAGCAACCAUUACCAAGCUUGAGUCUUCUGAUUACUCACUUAGCCGGUUCAAAUUUUUACUCGUAUUCUCAGUUGAAAGGGACUUUUGUGCUUUGGUAAAGGCGCUCAUUGACAUGCUGGUGGAGAGCAAUUUAGACAUACAUGGAUUAUCAAAGGAGUCAUUGGAAACAUUAACUGAGAUUCAGCUAUUAAAUCGAGCAGUUAAAAGGAGAUCCAGGAAGAUGGCUGAUUUGCUCAUUCAUUAUUCUAUUGGUGUAGCUGAUGAUACCUCGAGGAAAUAUAUUUUCCCACCAAAUCUAGUUGGACCUGGGGGUAUUACACCAUUACAUUUGGCUGCAUGUACAUCAGAUUCGGAUGAUAUGAUUGACGCCUUAACAAAUGAUCCACAAGAGGGUGAUGUUGGCUUAGGGGCUAUUGUGCCUAGUUAA